UCAGACAACAUUGUGUGGUCAUGGUGGCAGUAGUGGCGUUUCGUUCGUGGAGACAAUUGCUUUUGAGUUAGGGGUCUGAUAGUGCUGGACGUCUGCUAAUGUCUCUACUUCUUCCAGUAUCAUGCUCGUUGCAAAUCGGACAUUGACACGUAAUACAGACAGCGUCAAAUCGCAACUUGGACCACCAUCGCUUGCCAUCAGCGUCGCGUCGCGACGAUGACUGUAUUUUCUGCUGUUGCGUUCUUGUCCACGAGAUUCUCGUUACUGGUCCUUCUCGUGCUGUCCGCAAUAUGCUGUCUGCGAUUCGUGCAAUGUCGCAGUAUCCCACUGGAGUUGUAUCCAGGCGUUGACUCGUCGUAUUGGCAUCAUGACACCGGAGCAGACCUUGCGUCAAACAGAAUAGCGGUGCAGGAAGCUGUCAAUCGGGUUAUGGAAUACUUGUUGACGCGCACCAACAGCGUAGAGCGGGCUCCAGGUGUCAAACUACGACUCAGCCGACAAGAGGGAAUCGCGGACGCGGCGAGCGAUGACAAUUUUGACUCAGACCUGGGAAGUGAGUUGUCAACGGAUGACGCUGCGUCGGAUCUGGAUCUGGAUCAGGGUGGGCUAUCAGCCGCCGCACUGGGGCAGAGUGGCCAAGUAGUCGUUCGUGGCCAAGUAGUUACGAUCAGCAACACGGCUGCAGGAGUGGUGACUGAAGUGUUUACUCCGACAGCCGGGACGCCAGGCCAGCGUGUCGACUCUACGGAGGGCUCAUCAGCACUACCAUCAUCGGCACUACCAUCCUCACAGACGCAGACUACACGCGUCUCCAUGCCUGGGCCGGGCACAACAUGGUCACCUCUCGGGGAAGACAAGGACAUGCCAGAGGACAAGGCGACCACCGUGCCUCCAUCACCGGAAGAUCAGGCAACAACUGAACCCGCAGUGCCGAGGGCAACCACCCGAUCACCGGAAGAUCAGGCCACAACUGAACCCGCAGUGCCGAGGGCAACCACCCGAGGUCCGGGGAGAACUUCCCCUGUCCGAAUCACGGAUGCCCAAAUCACAACCGCAUUGCCUGUAUCCACGUGGCACGUGGACUCCACAACGGACUCUCAGGGUCAACAACCCGGCAAUAGCGCCAUAUUCCCGGGCGAAGUUUCCGAGUCGACGUCCACCAUGCUGAGCACAUGGCCCACGGUACACACAGAUCUUGUGGGGUCGACCUUCCCCGAAUCCAGUGGCGGCAUCUCAUCAGCGGAGCCAACAUUCACCACCGCGAUGGAGCCCAUCACCGCCACAGCGUUCCCCGUCGAGCCGCCAACAGUGACAACUUUAGUUGAUAUCGACAAGGACUGCUUACCCGGGGAGGAGCCUUGCGCAACUAAUCUACUCGCCACAAGCAGUGCAUUGGAAGCAACUGGACCUACGCUAAGCACUUCGGAUGAGUUCACUCCGAGCACCAAGUUCCCAGGGAACCCACCCACAGUGACGACUGUCGAUAUUGAUAAAGACUGCUUACCUGGCGAGCAGCCGUGCCUUACAAACCCACCACUAGCUAUGACCACCUUCGACUGGACACUAGUGGCCACCACCGACCCCCUAGAUGCGGACAAAGACAAGCCGGCCCCGCACCAAGACCAAGUUCUGUUCAAUGGCAAUAUUCCUGGCCAAUGACCAAUGACGUAAUCAUACCCCAAACUGGUGCCCAUGAACGAGCCUUGAUCUUACCACCAUGCAGUGUACAUGUAUGUGUGUCGGUACAUGUACUGGUAUGCCCAACAAUGGAUAAUGGCAAUUAGUCAUAGGCUUGCACUAGCCAAGAAUGGACACCUUGAUGUCAGCAGCUUUGUUAGAAUGUCACCAAACUUCGUCACUCCACGCUCUGCUAUCCAGCCGACUCAUUCUAGCUGUUCCGGUACAUAGCAUAUUACGCUAAUGGCAGUGUGACUGAGUACACUGUAUUAGUAUUUUCAGCAGGCCAUGAGCAGGGUGAAUCCAUGUUGACUGUGUACAAUCAUGUAUUUAUGGAAUUGCGUGCCUAUAUACAGAUAUAUAAUUUCAGCUUUCCAUUUCUAUUUGAAAUUAUUUUAUUGAAUUACGUCACCAACACGACUGGUAUAGAGAAAAAUUUAUGACUAUGAUUUCCAGUAUGAACAUCGCCCAGAAUUGAUUAUAAUUUCGAAGCACUAAAGUACAUUUAUAAAGACGAUUCCUCAGGCGUGCCCUGAACUCAAGUUACACGAAAUGUGAGCACCUCGCACCACUAAUAUCAAUACAGAUCAAGUUGGUGCAAGUUGAAAGGACUUCGCCGCCCAAGAGCGGGUGCACUUAGCGUACAUUGUACUUAUACAUGUAUGUCAAUCGCCACAAUCCACAAUAAUACAAGUAUUGGCAAAGUA